AUGACACAGCGGCUUCUGCUUCUUGUGGCUCUCUUGGUCCUGGGUCAUGUGCCGACAGGGAGAAGUGAAUUCAAACGGUGUUGGAAUGGCCAAGGGGCCUGCCGGACUUACUGCACGAAGUAUGAAACCUACAUGCACCUGUGCCCGGAUGCCACCUUGUGCUGUCUGCCUUACGGACUCAAGCCUGUCAAGACCGAAAAGGUUUAG